UUUGUGGAUGGACGGGCACUGGCUGGUGUGCUGUGGACUGAAACGUGCCUCUGUGUCCCGUGAGUGUUGUGUCAGUGACACACGAACCGAACGGCGACGCGAUGAAAGCGUGAGGCGACGCGUGUUUACACAGACGCUGCAUUCAAAGAGCAGCAGAAAUCAUAAAAGGAAUCCAUCAAGGGCCAUUGCGAGCAUGCACGGCUCUGUUUGUGUGUGUGAGUGAGUGUGUGAGUGUGUGUAAAGAUAUUUGAACAGUGAAGAGCUGCUGCUGGAGGACACUGAGACUGCUGUCAUUGUUGCACAUGUUUGCUCAGGUGGAAUAAUUGUGGAUUUUCAUCUAAGGAUUCACUGAGAAACUCACACCAUCAUCGUUCUCCAUGGUGCAUGAAAGCAGAGCGAUGGACGGGAUCGGGAACACUAUGCAGAAAAAGGCUGCAGAGCUGGAGCGGCUGGCUGAGGUGCUCAUCACCGGAGAACAGCUCAGGCUGCGACUCCAUGAGGGAAAGGUGAUCAAGGAUCGGCGCCACCACCUGCGAACUUACCCAAACUGCUUUGUGGCCAAGGAGCUGAUUGACUGGUUGAUUGAACAUAAGGAGGCGUCAGAUCGAGACACAGCGAUCAGGAUGAUGCAGAAGCUUUUAGACCAGAGCAUCAUUCACCAUGUGUGUGACGAGCACCGGGAGUUCAAAGACAUGAAGCUGUUUUACCGCUUCCGCAAGGACGAUGGCACUUUCCCGCUGGACUGUGAAGCCAAGGUCUUCAUGAGGGGCCAGAGGAUAUAUGAGAAGCUGAUGAACACAGAGAGUAACCUCGUGCAGAGCAGGGAGGAGGAGGGCGGGACCUUUGAGCGCACGCUGGUGGCCUCGGAGUUCAUCGACUGGUUGCUGCAGGAGGGGGAGAUGGCGACCAGGGAGGAGGCAGAGCAGCUCGGACGAAGGCUUCUCGAACACGGCAUCAUUCAGCAUGUCACCAACAAGCAUCACUUUGUCGACGGGUCCCUCCUCUUCCAGUUCAGAAUGAACUUUCGGAGACGACGGCGACUCAUCGAGCUUAUUUACGAGCGCGGCCGCUGCAUCCCCGAGAACCACGACAGCCCCUUCUGUCUCCGCAAGCAGAACUCAGAUGGAGGCAACACCAGCUUCCUCUCAGUCAGUCCCACUAAAGAGAUCAGGGUGGUGGUCGGAGUUCGUCGCAGCAGCAUGAGCAGCAGUUGUGGCAGCAGCGGCUAUUACAGCAGCAGUCCUACACUCAGCAGCAGCCCACCUUUCCUCUGCAACCCCAAAUCCGUUCUGAAGAGACAAGUGAGUCCAGAGGAGCUGCAGACACCGGGGGGACCUUUUAUGAAGAAGACAUUCACAAUUGUAGGUGAUGCUGUCGGCUGGGGUUUUGUGGUGCGAGGCAGCAAACCUUGUCAUAUCCAGGCCGUGGAUCCUGGUGGACCUGCAGCUGCUGCUGGUAUGAAGGUGUGUCAGUUUGUGGUGUCGGUGAACGGACUGAGCGUCCUCUCUCACGACUACCGGACCGUCAGCAACCUGAUCCUCACUGGACCCAGAACAAUCGUCAUGGAAGUGAUGGAGGAGGUAUAAGAGGAGCUGUGUUUUUAUAACGAUGUGGUCACUGCAGGGUUCACUGAUUGACGUCAGCACCACACAGACGGAGAACUGUAGACUCACUCUCUCUCUGUUUGGACAAGGUGGAGGGUCCCGUAUGUGGGUAUCCAUGUCAAGUCAAUGAUUCCACCAGUUGGUAAAUCAUAAAGGUCGGUCCACUUUGUUAGAAGCACACGCACGACAGAAUACAAGAACCACAACUUCCAGCAGCUUCAUUGUUACUUCCAGUUCUAAUGAAGAGGUCUGAGAGUUUUCAUGUGCGGUAGGGAAAACUGAAUUCCCUGUUUUUGUUCAGGAUCUCAACUCCGACUCAACUUUAGCUAAACAUGUCAAAUGACAUGAGACAGUUUUUUGUCUGUUUUUUUUUUUUUAAAACCAGAACCUGAAACUGAAACAUUGAGGAAGAUAUUCCAUGUCAACACAAUACAGUUACCUCUACCCCAGUUUCCAACCAUGGAUUCAAUUUCCUCAUGGCUCAACACUGCCCUCUGCUGGGGAAGACACACACACGCACAACAUUCGUAGUGAGGACACUUCUAACUCUAACCCUAAAACUAAGUCUUAACACUCAAAAAGUGACAGAACAUGAAGACCAGCCAAAAUGUCCUACUCCCUCCCUGUGGUUUCUAGGUUUUUUGGUCCUCAUGAGUUUCAGGAUGUUCUGUUGUUUCUGGUGUUUUGUCAGUGGAACCAUGUGAGAUAAUAAAAAGACACACGCACACAUUUUAACUACAUACAGAUAAUCAUAAACUCAUGGGUUUAUGAUUAGCUGCUAGUACAAAAUAGAAAUGCAGUAAUAACAUUUCCAGGUACAAUGUACAAACGCACAAACUGAGAGCGGAAGAGAACCCUCUUUUCUAAAAAACAAAUAAAUAAAUAAAUGGAUGAAACUACAGCGUGUGCCACAGCACUGAGAUAACGUCUUGAGAUGAAUGGCUUUUAAAGGAAUUUUCACUUGAUCGCUGUGUUUUUAGUGGUCGCCAUAUUUUGCAGACGAUGCCUGAUGUGCAGAUUUUACACUUGUGAGAGAAGAGCAGAGCUAAUAUUGUGUGCUGUAUUGUUGAGAUAACUGCUGUAAAAUACUACCUUUUUUCAAAGAGUUGCCUUUGUUGACUAAGGAGUGACAAAAUAAAAACACCACUUAUCUUUCACACCAUUGAAAAUGGCAAAUAAGUCAUCAACACGUUUUGCCAACCAGCUUUGUUUGUGAAGUAGACGCAAACAAUAGAUUCUAUUGACAUUUUUAAUACUAAUAUUGUACCUCCACAGUGCAUGUUCUUUGAUGUUUGAUGAAUAUUUGUUGGAAGUGUCCAAAACCAUGAUACAAUCAUCCAAAAUUUUAAUUUUGAAAUUAAGACAACAACCAUGUUAACAAAUUAUUAUUCGAGUUAAAACUGUAUAUUAUGUAAAAAAAAAGUGUUAGCUUCCAACUGUAUGUGUCACUUAUUUUGGACUGCAGUUGAAAUUAAGAUUAAGAACACUUAAAAUUGAUUUUAUGGACCUGUUUCUUUGAUUGCAGAUAUUUUAUCUUGAUAGAACAUGUUCUUUAAUGUCAUGAUGAAUACUGUAUGUGCCGGACGUGUUUAAGAGUGCAACAAUCCGGAGAUUGAAACCAAAACCAUGACACAUCUGUCCAUAGUCUUGUGACAGGGAACAAAAUUAAAACUAUAACACAUUUAUUACGUUUAUUUAACUAAUUAAAAUGAAGACAGAGUGUUUAUUUUACACCUCUUAUUCUAUUUUAUAGGAGACCUGACUGUUUUUGGUCCAAUCUGCAGGAAAAGUUAAGAUAGAGUUAAGAGUGUAAUUAGCACAAAAUGGACGAUAAUUUAAGAUUACCAAUCCCGAAGAAACAAACAAACAAAGCAGAACCAAAAACAAGAAAACAAAAAGUGAAGACUUUUUCCAAACCACAUAUUUGGAGAAUUGUUUCACCCCUAAUGAAUAUUUAUGCACUUGAUUGACAAAAGCACUUAGGCGACAGAAGCUUUCCAUUUUGGAAUAAGUUUUAGAAUUUGAACUUGUAUAUGUGCCUAUGAAUAUACAAUCUGACCUCCUUAAUCUGAAAAUAAGAAGAAAUAAUAAUCUUUGCCCACAAAUCCUGUUUUUGUGAGACAGUGUGUUAGAUAAUCAUACCUGUAAUAAUCACGAUCGCUGAGAUUAACGUGAAUGUUGUGUUUUAAUUUGAUGAGGUCGGCGUUUAGGAAACUGAAACUGUCAGUAUUAAUGUGAACAUCUUUGUGUUGUAAUGGUUAACGUGUAUCAAUCACACAUUUCCAAGCAAAAUAUGACGGAAUAAAGCGUCAGUUUCCACAGAUCA